AUGAUAUAUAUAUAUAAGUGCUUUAGAAAUGCUAAUGUCGCGAAAUCCGACACAAAGGGCAUUAAACCAAUGAUGAUGUUUCGAAUAAUUGAUGUUUUAAAGAAGAUAGAAAAUGAAACACGUGAUCCACCAUUAAAAAACCAAAAACAACAAAAUAAGUUGAAUACCAAUCAAAUACAGAAAAAUGACAAAAAAUUACAAUCAUCUCAAUCAAAUAUUAAUAAGACUAGCGAAAAACCAGACUCUAACAAAGACACAAAUAGUUCUACACAGAAAAAUCAAAAACAACAAAAUGAUUUAAGUGUCAAUCAAAAACAGACAAGUGAAGAAGAACUGGAAUCUAUACUCAAACGAGCUCUUGGUGAUUUUGAUAUAUUUAGCGGCAAACGUAAUAUUGGUUAUCCAUUACAUAAAUCAUCAUUCAAAGGUAUGCUUGAGGCUGUUCAAUUUUUUAUCUCCGAUGGAUGUGAUAUAGAAGAAAAAGAUAAUAAUGGAUAUACUCCACUCAUUAUAGCAUCUCAUGAAGGCCAUCUUGAAGUAGUUAAAUGUCUAAUCACCGCUGGAGCUAAUAAAGAAGGAAAGGAUGAUGAAGGAAAACCCCACUCAUUUUUGCUACUUUUGAAGGUCAUCUUGAAGUUGUUAAAUAUCUAA